AUGUGGCGGAAGCCGAAGAAGGCAGACGCCGUUCCGAAGGUAGGGCCGCAGUAACCCCUCUCUCAAGCCAUGGAGUCUCUCGUCGUUGAUGAUGGAGCCCAUGGUUUGUGAGCUAAUUCCGUAGACCGAUCACCAUCGAGUGCUCGUUGCCUCGGUAUUUCAUGUGAUUUUUUGACGAUUUUUGGAUUCUAUAUUAUCUCUUGUAGCUGAUAUUGGAGGAGGUCAUCGGCUUGACGACGAAGAAUGCCAGCGGAUUCUCUUCUGACCCCUCGACGAGUAGGUGUGCUUACCUGGCGGGGUGCGUGGUCGUGUUGUAUGAUGUGGGCUUAGACGCACGCACGCACCUCAUGGUGUCCUCCAGGGUCCCGAAACCAUUUAGCUGUGUGGCGCUGGCACGGCAGGGAAGGGGAUUCGUCGCUGCUGGUGAGGUAGGGACGAGAGAAGGAGAAUGUACAUCACAGAUUUGUCAGAUUUUGUGUCAUGCGACUGUUUUCAUAUCCUAUUCAGGCUCCUGUAUCCUAUUCCGUAGACUUUCUGGGAGGGUAAACUUUUUUUUUUUGUUUGUUUAAUUUCAAAUUUUAUGUAAAAAAAAUCACUCUGGUAAAGGAGUUCUAUACUGGCUAUCACCGAAAUUGCGCUGUGAUAAGAGAAUAGAGUUGUAACCUUACUUGAAAUUUGUUGCUGAACUGCCCCUUAAAUGGGCUCCCGUUUCAUUCCAUUGUUAUUCUUAUGGUUGACUGUCCAACCUGCUACCAUUUCUGUAUUCUUCUUCUUCAUACUCGUAUACUGAAACUGAAAGCAAUGUAUUCACUUUUGAAUGGUUGAUUCUUGGAUGCAUUGAUUCCCAGGGCCCUGUAUGAUAACCAGAAGUUUUGAUCCUCAAUAUUGAUGUUUGAUCAUUAGGAGUGGAUGACCGUAACGUUCAUAUUUCUAAUCUAUUACGCUUUUACAGUCUGGGCAGGCGCCUGCAAUCCUACUUUGGGAUUUUUCAACCGGUAGUCUACUUUCUGAAUUGAAGGGCCACCAAUAUGGAGUUCAAUCCAUUGACUUUUCAGCAGAUGGUUAGUUAAGGCCGUCAAACUUUUCAUCACUGGAAGGCCUAAUGAACAAAUGAAAUGUUAAUUUUAUAUCAGCCGGACACUUUAUUAGUUCUUUUUCUGUUGGACUUGUUUCCCAGGAAAAACUUUGGUCUCCCUUGGUCUUCAUAAUGAUGGCUUUAUUUGCCUGUGGGAUUGGAAGAGUGGAAAAUUGUCAGCAAAAAUAAAAGCAAGCACCACUUUCUGUCCUCUUCUAUCUGUUAGCUUUCUGUCAGAAGGUGGCUCUUUUGUCACUGUUGGGAAAAAGCACCUGAAGUUAUGGAGUGUUCGAUCACUGAAAUCCAUGAGCAUAAGUGUGGGAAAAGAAUCACUCUUAGUGGAUGGGAAGCCUGCGAACCUUGGUUGUCACAAAAGCAGCUCUUUUGUGUCAGUCGUAUCCACUGCAUGCACAACCAAAUCUGAUGGCGGCGAUUAUUCUAGCGAUUCAUUUUCUAUCUAUGCUUUGACAGAGACAGGUAAAGAUUGUCCUGUAAGAUUCCCCUUUUUAUUAUCUUAUCUCCUGACAGUGUGAUGCAGCUUAGUUUUUACUCUAUCAGGUCUCUUAUGUGCUAUAGAUCAUGGGUUUUCCAUUGGGAAAUGCGUGGAUAUGGAGGUAUUGACGCUCUGCAUGGUUUCCUAUUUUUUAUGUCCAUGAUUUCCGAGAUUUUUAUACCAUUAAAUUUCAGGUGCGGAGGGGAUACUCAUUAUCUGUGUCCAACGAUCUGAUUGCGUGUGCGUGCAAUAGUGGGACUGUGCAACUCUUUCAAGUUGGGAGUCUUCUUUAUGUUGGGAAUGUGAAGUAUGGCGAACCAACAGCGUAUUUUGGUUUAAAAAAUUUAAUUUACCAAGCCCAGCCAUCUGAAACAUUGCCCGAACAUGAUGAUGCUGUACCUGAUGCAAUUGCUUGCCAAUUUUUGUCACCCACAAGACUUGGUGAGUGACAAGUAUCAUUAACUUGGAAAGACUCUAGCAUGCUUGUUUCUUGGAAUUUUCUGAUUUGUGUUGUCUUCCAGGUGUUAUAUAUGCGGAUCACAGUUUCUAUAUAUGGGACAUAGAUCACAUACAAAAGGUAAAGGUCACUGAAUAUUCAAUUCUUUAAUUUCGAUAUUAACUUGGAUUUCCUUUUCUUCGAAUAUUUUGUGCUACCUUUGUAUACACGGGUGCAGCUGUCAGGUUGGACUGCUUUUGUGAUCCAUAUGUAAUAAAGUUGGUCAAAACUUGAAUGAAUUUUUUUAAUCAAUCUCCUCUCCUUUUUCAGCAUCAAUUAAUGGUGGAAAAUAUGGUGAAAAUUCAUUAUAAUGGAAAAAUAAUUGUGUAUUCGAUUCUCUAUUUUUUUCAAAGAGCGCCAAUGUGGAUACAUUGUAAUGACUACGACAUGUUAAAUUAUACUGAUUCUUAUGGCUUUUCCUAGUUUUUAUGAAUAUUCCUGCAUAGCUUAAAAUGAAGAAAUGAUCAAUUGUUUUGAAGAUAGCCUACAUCACUCAUUGGCAUUUUGUUUUUGGUCAGAUGUCCCCUAACAUUUCAUAUGGUAUCAUAGCUGAUGGUAGUUUUUGGGUCACACAUGCCCCAUGAAUGUUGUGUAUGUAACAACAUCCAAAGUUGAUAUUAAUAUGACAGAAUGUGGUAGGAAUAUUUGUGUUUUGAGUACUAUAAAAAAGAACAUGACUACAAAAAUGAGUCUACUAUUCAUAUUGUCAAUUGGUUUUAAAUUGGAUGCCCAAUAGAUUCAAUAUUUUUCUUUUUCAGGUCAGCAGGUGUUGCAUUCUUGUUGCACAUAGUGCUUGCAUAUGGGACAUUAAGAGCCUCCCAUUCAAGGACUGGGAUAUGACUGCUUCCACAUAUACAGAUAACAGCAGUUGCCAUGAGGUCUCUUUUGCAACAUGCUCUGCAGAUGGCACAAUAAGGCAGUGGGACCUUGAGUUAUUGGACCAUCCAAAAUGUAGUCAUGAACAACGAGAAUUGAUUGCAAAUCAACAAAUGUGCAGUGCUUUAGAUGAUCAUCCAUUUUCUGUUCAAUUAGGUAAAAUUAGUUGCAUUUUUUUUAUUAGGUACAUGGACACGUAUCUCUACACAAGGACAUAUAUUAUUGCUAUAUUUUAUAAAGGUCUGCUAUAUUUUUAUUUUAUUCUUAUAUUUGAUGUUGUAUUGCGGUGAAUUCUUACUUUCUAAUUAUACUAUUUGUUCCGAAUCUUUCAGGUUUUCAAAGAUUCAUGGCAGAUGUAUAAUUUGAAUCACAUUCAUUGUUGAUUUCCUACUUCUGUAAACUUAAUGCUCUUAACCUUAUUUUCUUAGUUAGCUGUGGCAUUCUUGAACAUGGAAAUGCCGACAUAGAGCCUCAUGGUCAAGGGUUUCGGUCAAUGGCAGUUAGUUCAGAUGGGCAAUACUUGGCUGCUGGGGACUGCGGUGGGAACCUGCAUAUUUUUAAUUUGCAGACUUCUACCUAUACAUGUAUCAAGGUGUGCCACGCGCCUUCUGGUUUGGUGCAUAUUGAAUAUAAAUGCCUUACAAUCUGUCAUCAUAGCACUUCUGAAAGACCUCAUGAUUUUUUCUAUUUAAAAAAUGUGCAUUCGAUUCUUGAAAUUUGCACGACUAGAGUUAUCACAGAAUUCGCAUAUCAAUCUGUUGUUUUUUUUUUGGAAAGCCAUAAAUUAUUUCAGUGUGUUUGUUGGAAAAAUAAUUCUGGGUUUUCUUUCUGUGAUAAUGACAGAUAUGAAGAUUUUAGAAACCUUUUUAUGUAAUUAUAUUACAAAUUUGUUGUCUUGGUUAAAAUUUUAAAUUCUGGGUCUCUUGCUACUAAAAAUAAAUGUCAAUGUAUCGCAUAGAUUUUGAGUGGAUGCAUUUUCGUGUUUUGAACGAGCUAUUGCCUUUAUGGUAUAAAUUAGUUUUUCUGGAUAUCUGUAGAUAACAGUCUACACGCAUGCGAUUUCAUCACACAAUGAGGACAUGUCCAAAUCAACUUAAAAUGGAGCUCAAGGACUACUUUGCAAAUCAUUUAUCAGAGAUAGCAGACACAAAAAAUCUCCCAAUGAUGCCCUGACAGUAGUUUUAUGCAACUUCACCAGAUUUUGGGUUCCUGAUAGGUGAAAGGACGAAUGAAAAUACCAAAAGUUUAUGUAUCUGGACCAUGUAAUGCACUUAAAUUUAUCUCUAUUGAGGUAUAGUUUUUUUAAUCCUAGGACGACAAAGAUUCGCACCAAUCUUAAAAAAUGAACCGGAUUAGUUGUCUGGAAUAAAAAUAGACUGAAACCAUUAGCCUUUCUAGCCGACUGUUCAGUCCAUCUCUUCGUGACUACCAAUUCUAAUGGUUGCAUCAUAAAAACCAGAUCUAUAACCCUAGACCUUUUGAACAUUAAGUUUCAGAAUCACUGUUUGCGGCAGAAACUUUAAAAUUCCAGCUGAAGAUGAAAGCCUUCUUUUUGAACAACAAAGAGCGAUUAAUCAAGUACGACAACGAGUUUUCCAACAAGCCUUACAAGGAGCUCUAGGUACUUUGAAUAGUGAGUUACCUUUUCGUACCACCUAAGAUUAUGAGUCUUAUUCUAUGACUCAUACUCAUAUUCUUACUUUACUAUAAGAGUAAUUAUAUGGAAGUGUCUCUGAUUCGAAUAUUAAUGCAACCAAAUUUUUUUUGGGAUAACAAUCUGUUUUUUUAAAUGUUUGGCUACGUUUUGUUGAAGGGCAUUCACAAAAUCAUUAUAUUCAUGAGUGUUUAUUUGGAUAAAUUGGUUACAGCUUGGUGGAACUCGAGCUUGGUUUGCUACAUUUCUUCUGUGAAGCAGACUAUGCCUCGUAUUUCUGGAAAAGAUUAGAGUGUUUUUAAUUUUUUAUUGGUGGAAGAAAAUUAAACAGGUUCCCAGCUGUCUGGAUCCUACCCAGCAUUAAUUGACAGCCGAAAAAAGGAGCAAGCAUUCCUGCAAAAGCAAUUGUCUGACUUUUUGUAGAGGAUCUCCAUUGUUUUUGCGACAUUUCUAAACUUGAGAAUGAAAUCACCUCGAUUUUCUUUCUUUGCGAGUUAAAUUACUCUUUUUCUCAUAGAUAAUUAUUCUUGGCCUAAAUUUUGCACGUGUGAGCAAUUGUAUUUUUCGGAUUCUUUGUUGGUAAGUUGAAGACUGAAUAAAGAGCCAGGGAGCCAACAGGCUUUUUGCUUAAGAGAUGGUCGCAGUUUGUUUUAUUUAUUUAAGAACACGCAAUAAGGUAAUAAUAGAGAAUUUUCAUUUCCAUGGUAGAUGCUCAUAAAUUUUCCUUUUCCAAAUUCACUAGGAAGCUCAUCGUGCAGAGAUCCUUACGGUAAAUUUCAGCAAGAAGAAAAUUGGUGAUAAUGGAGAGUUGAAGAGCCAACAUCUUGUGACUGGCAGCAAAGAUCGAAUGAUUCACGUUUAUGAUGUCCAGAGGUAUGAUUCACUCUUUUUCCGUAAUUCCCAUUUCAAAGUUUGUAUUUUUGCCUGAUGUGACCUGUAGCCAUUUCAGGAAUUUUGAUCUAGUUGAAACCCUUGAUGAUCAUUCAGCUCCAGUAACUUCAGUAAUCCUGACAUCUGAUGACUGUAAGCUUAUCAGUUGCGGUGCUGACAGGUGAGUCAUUUGCGACUUCAAUUUGCUUAAUUGAGCGAUACUGUAUUUGAUCCUUGUUUUCUGUGAAGAUUGGAAAAUGCAACUCUAGGUCUCCUGAAUUGUUUCCACUGUCGGAAUUGAUAUCCAACAGGUGUAUCUAUUUUCGUGAUGUUCUCAUGACAGAUACUGGAUGUAGAGUCAUGCGGCGUCAUAAUCAACUUUCAUCUCAUGGUGCCAUCUAUGAUAUGGCUAUAGAACCUGCAGAUAAGAUAGCUAUCACUGUUGGGCAGGUGCUCGUCUAGUUGGAAGUUCAAUUUUUAUUUCACUUUACACUGUUCUAAUGCAAGCAUCUUUCCUUCUCAAGGAUAAGAAAAUAAAUAAAUACAACCUAUCUACUGGGAAGCUUGUUGGUACAUUUAAGGAAGACGUGGAACUUGGACAGCCAGUGAAGGUGGGCAUUAUAGUCUUCAAAGCAUGUUUAGUCCUACCUUAUUGAUAUUUAUUACAAGUGAUAUUUCACAGGUCAUGCUUGACCCCACUGGAAGCUAUCUUGUUUGCUCCUACUCGAACAAGUCUUUGAGAAUAUAUGAUUUUGUGACUGGAGAGACAGUUGCUCAGGCAAUGGGGCAUGCUGAAGUGAUAACUGGUUCUAUUUUUUUGCCCGGCUGCAAACACAUGAUCUCUGUAAGCUCCUCGCUUAUGCUCAUUAUCUUAUCUAAAUGUCAAAUGUGUUCCCAUUUUCAUAUACAAGUUGAGGGAUAAAUUAUGGCCACGAUCAUGUUCACAUUAUGUGGCUGUAUAUUCCUUGAUGACAAAUCAUUGGUGGAACAGUUGGCAUGAAAAGAAAUCGAACACAUGUAACAUGUGAAUUCUAUGGAUUGACUGCCGCUAUGUUCCUUUUCAAGCUGCCACUCAUUGCUAGUCCUUAGUUCUUGUAUUGAUGGGUAGCAAAUCACUUUGACUCGGACGUGAAAUAAAAUUAUUCUUUAUUGUCGGAAUUUUAGAGAACCACAGGAUCAAAGCAUGAAUCUAAACUCACAAGUUACUGGGUUGAGCAACAUGUCUCCCUUUGGGGAAGAAGGGAACUAUAGCUCAUCUUCCUUUGACCAUACUUUUUGAUUUGAACUGUGUUGAUCUCAAAACUGGUGUAAAGAGCAAAAGGCAUCCCACUUUGACUCUGUAGGAGAUUGGUGUGGUGAUAAAAGAAUCGUUGUAGUUGCUAAACCUUGGGACGCAACUUUUCACUACUUCGGUGUUCUGACCUGAAACCUAACUGAAUCAGCCGGUCUCCAGUUCAUUGGAAUUUGGUCUGAGUCAGACAGUUCAAAUUGUCUAUUAGUGUUGAUAACUAUGUGAGGCCAUGCUCAAUUCAAGAAUGUUGAAAUUUAUGAAGGUGCUGAUCCUGGUAAGAGAGGCUCUACAAGUAGUCUUUAUCAGGGAAAAAGGGUAAAAUUUGAGUGAAAAUUUAUAAACGACAACAUGGUACGUCGAUCACAUCUUGAUAUUAGACAUCGUCUAUUGAAGAAAAUUUCCUGCUGAGCAGGAAGAUCAGCUUUGUUGAACCUAAAAGGAUUUUUAUGUCAUUAGUUUUGUUUCCCCCAUUGUCCUGCUUGUUAACGUAAGGUUGUGAAGUCAGUUGACUACAAUGGUCCCUGAUUUUCAGGUCAGUGGUGAUAGCUGCAUUUUUAUAUGGAAGCUGCCUGCUCUAUUGUCAUCGAAAAUGUUGCAGAAAGUUAAGGGAAAUGCAGAUCAUCUUCCUCAAGCAAUUCUUCCCCAAUCAACAUCCUCAUUGGAUGCUACAAAAAAUACGGUGGAAAGUGGAGAGCAUAAUAUCAACUUUGAUUGCGUUUCUGAGGGAGGAAUAGCGCACAAAGAAGAUCAUGGAGUUCCUGCUGUUGAUCACACUGAAGACUCGACAUUUGAAUUUAGUAUCUCGAGGCUUCCAAAGUGGGCACGGACCAAAGUAACAAGCAAACCCAUCCUGACCCAGGCAAGUACUUUCCUAUGGUUGUCUAAUGAGAUGAUGAAUUUUGCACUUUCAUUGACUAGGUUUAUGAUAAGAACUGUUAUUAAAAUGGUCACAUAUUGAGAACCUGUGUUUGGUUCAAUUUCUUCGUUGUAUGAUAAGUCCUCAACCAUUGAAUUUGUUAUGUGUCACUUCUAGCUUGUUUUGGCAUGUAUACCCCAAGUUUUGUAGCAUCUCUCAAUUCUGCAAAUAUGUAAUCGUUUAUUGAACAUCUACUAACCUGUGGCAUGAACUGAAGCUUUGCUUCUUUAAUGAUGGACAGGAGUCUGAUGCCAGCAUUUCUCUUGAGGUUCCACUGUCAAAAUCCUCCAACUUGGAAACUACACUAGAGGAUGACUCUGCCUGUUUGGGAGGCUUGUCAUGCGUUGGUGUUACCUUGCAACCUUCAUCAGAUCAAGAUAACCCAACGUAUGCGGAUCCACCCAAUUGAUAAAAUAAUUGGAUGCUGUCUCACAUCUUAAACCUCUUUUUGCAUUUGAAUCAGAAAUUUACGUGGGAGGAGCUUUCAAUCCGAGGAUUCAAUUUUUCUCGUUAAAAGUGAUUCACAGGAAACAAGCUCAAGUAAUUCCAGAGGUCUCGACAACUCUCUGAAUUUACUUACGUUCAAGAAAUUUCCAAAUUCUACAUUAUUUUUAAAAAUUAUUUAUCAGAUAUGCACUUAAUUUAUUUAAAUUUGCUCAUUUCUCUUGAAUUUACUUUAUCAUGAAGGGAAAGGGCUACUCGUUGAGGAAUCCAAUGGAAAUAAAGUCGUUGUAGAAGUAUCGCUUAAUAUCAAGUCCGAGGAACCCUCAACAAUGAGAGGUCUUGUUCACCCUGAUAAGGCUGCAACUGGGGUGGAGUCCACAUCUAGAGAGCAGGAAGUAAAUCGAACUGGAGAGAAGGACGAGGCUAGUGCCAAGAAUGCCACUGCAUGCUGUGAGGUGGCUGCUGAGAAGGCUCUAAACUGGAAUGCAGAUGCCACUAGGCAGCAUGCUUUCUCUCUAACAGCUGAAGUUGGAAACAGUGUUGAUGAGACUGUGUCUGAUGAUCCUUUCAGUCAAAAGUCUACCAAUCUGUCACCAACGCUUGAGGUGAGCUUAUUUUUCUUUUGCAAAAAGUCGAUUUAUAAUCUACUAUAUUAUUUGUAACUGGACUCAAAUUUUAUGAACAGUGAUAUAUUUUUGACGGAACAUCACAGCAGUCUGACUGAAAAGCACGGAAAACAUGCUGUUUUUGUGUUGUCUUUGUUUAUGUCCAGCUGCAGGGAGGAUCAACAACCAGAAAAGGCUUCUCUGGCCAUUUUCAUGCACGCCGAUUUCAUUCAUCAAACUCCAAGAGGAACGUUGAAACACUUAACCAGGCUGAGGGCGCAGAUCUUGAAAGCUCAUUAGAUCCAGCUACAAAGAGGAUCAAAGUAGCACUACAAUCGGAUAACAGUGACCAGGUAUGCAUAGAAUUCACUUUAGAUGCCACAGAGCAAACACAUUUGUGAUCGCCUCCAAAAAAGGAUCUUUUGCUUCAUAUCAACACGUCCAUGUGGAAAUCUGAAACAAGAACCCACAACCACCGGAGGGGGAAUAAUGAUUGAGACCCAUGAUAUGAAAAAAUUAUAGUCAUUGUCUCCCAGGCGUCAUCUUGACAACAAGGAAGCUGAGGUGUUUGACAGCAUGCGUAUGAGGUGCUCUGCCUCUCACCUGGAUACCAGUACCUGCCAUGUUCUCUCUUCGAGUCUGGUGCCUACCUUUUGCACCACCCUGGCUGCAUGGUCAUUGAGCGCUCUUCCAGCAUCGCCCAUCUCUUGCAAUUUCCCUAUAUUUGUUGGGUGCCCACCUUUUGUGCCUCCUGGCUGCCUGACCGAUGGGGAUCUCUCUUCGUCACUCCAGAUUUUUUUUUUCUUAAUUCGGCUUUGGUCAUCUAUCAACGAUUUCCUGUUUUAAGUUCCUUGUUUCCUUAAAUUGGGCUCCUUUGACAUUGCCAAUCUCUCACAGAUCUGCCCUCAUCUCAUUGACAGGGAGAGGAGAGUGGCAUUGAAUUGCCUCCGAGCCCAUCUCCUCUCAUUGAUUCCAGUAAGAUCCCUCAUUUCGAUGACUCAAAUCCGCUCAUUAGAAGAGAUCAAAGGCCCGGACCCUCUGAGGGAAAUGGAAUGGAGGACAUAAGUGAAUUCAGAGCAGCUCUAGACCACCUGGAUAUGGCCGCUGAGGCAGCGGUUAGCCUCUGCACCAGACUCGGAGUUCAGCAGAGCAGAGGUCAGGCAUCAGAGAGUCUCAGAGGUGAGUUGCUUCGGGUAUUGGAGACCUCCCUUCCGUCCAUCUCUGAGAGGAUGGAGACCCUUACUAGCAUUGUGGGGGGAGGCAGAGUCUCUCCUGGUUCACAGAUUAAGCAGGAGGCUCUGGAGCUUGGACCCAUUGUGGAGAGAUUUGCAGGGUCUCUUUCGGACCGUGUACUUGAAUUGUUGAAGAAUAAAAUAUGA